UGACGCGCGGCGGUAGUGGGCGGGCGCGCGGAUAGCAGUUGUGGCGCCGGCGCGAGGCGGCCUCUCUGCAGCUCACAAGUUGGCCGAAAGACUGGAUUUUUCUCCUCCCCGUGACCCGGACAUGUGGCACUCUGGCGGUGGCCCCCUGCAGAUACUGAGCAAAGUGUUGAAGAAGUUGAGCAAAGGUCAGCACUGGGCACUGAGCCGGGGUUUGCAGAGACCCUGCCCCAACUCCCUGCUGCUGGCCCAGGGGGAGGCGGCUUCUUACGAUGAGCGGGUGCAGGUGAAGCCUGAGCUGAGCCUGCAGGAGCAGGGGCUGGAGAGCGAGCUGCCUAUCCUGGGGGACCCCAAGGCCACCUGCUGCCUGAACGGCUGCUGCCUCAAGAGCUUCCUGCUGGUCUGCCUGCUGACCCUGGUGUGCUUCUCCUCGCUGGCGCUGCUGCGGCGCUACCUGAAGGAACUGCUGCUGUGGGUGGAGGGCUUGGACAGCUUGGUCGGGGCAUUGCUCUUCGUUGUGGGCUUCAUCGCCGUCUCUUUCCCCUGCAGCUGGGGCUACAUCGUGCUAAACGUGGCCGCCGGCUACCUGUACGGCUUCGUGCUGGGCUUGGGACUUGUGGUUGUCGGGGUGCUGAUCGGCACUUUCAUCGCUCACCUGCUUUGCAAACGGCUGCUGGCAGCGUGGGUCGUCUCUAAGGUCCGGUCCAACGAGCAGCUCACCGCCGUGGUCCGAGUGGUGGAAGGAGGCAGCGGACUGAAGGUGGUCGCUUUGGCCAGACUCACGCCCAUUCCAUUCGGGCUACAGAAUGCAGUGUUCUCGAUUACAGAUUUAUCUGUCCCAAAUUACCUUGUUGCAUCAUCGGUUGGACUGCUCCCCACUCAACUUUUGAAUUCUUACCUGGGAACAACACUACGUACAAUGGAAGAUGUAAUUGCUGAGCAGAGUGUCAGUGGAUAUUUAAUAUUCAGUCUGCAGAUCUGUAUCAGCGUUGGACUGAUGUUUUAUGUUGUGCAUAGGGCUCAUACUGAAUUGGAUGCUGCCAUUUUGGCUUGCCAGAUGGAACUAAAGUCUUCACUUAUUAAAGGUGGCCAUCCAAAUGGACCCAAUGUGACAUUCUGUAAUAAGAGGACUUCAGCCAUGACAAGUGGGGGAAUAAAUGUUGUAUGAAUGGAAAUUAUUAUAUUCAGGGAACUAUAAGCCCAAUGGCCAGUGCUAGUUUUAGAUCAGUAGAGGUUAAUGACUAAUUGUUGGGCAAUACUACAGUACAGCUUUGCGCAACUGCCUUAAUAGUGAACAUAUUAAUGGUACAUUAUGGCACUGGUAGCUGAAAUAGGUAAGGUGUGAUGAAGUCUUGUUGCUCAUUAUUAAGAAAGCAAGAUGGAAGGGCAACUUUUCAAAAAGCAUUAAUAACGUACUGCUAACUGAAUCGCAUAUGUGAUUGAAUCCUGCCUGUCUGUGGUGGAAGAACGCAGUCUAUAACAUUUUGAUUCCAUUGGACAGCCAAUAUUUGGUUGUCCUCCCUCUGCUAUUGACCUUGUAAAUUGGUUUACGAUCGGAAUUGUUCAGAGUGAUAUAUAUAUUGGCAACUGUAUUUUACAAUCUGCUAUAUGGGGCACUAUAACAUACCAAGUAAAAUAAUAUAUUUGUUUGUGUGAAGGAACUGCUUGAUGCCAAAUGAGUAGGCAAAAAAGAACAAAGGGGCGCCCAGUUUUGGAGGAUGAAAUGGAAUGUCACAACCAUGGUUUAGAACAUCAGAACAAAAUUCCAAUCAAAAGUCCCCUUUCUAAUCUGGUUAAAGUUGUCUUUAAAACAUUAAGUAUUGGAACAGUUUUGCUGUAAUCAAUUAAAUAAGCACUAAGUUUAUACUAGUGUUUUCAUUUUAACCUUCUAAUUAAAUGAGUAAGAGUAGCACAGAUGGCCCUGUGGCUACUUAUUAUAUGCACUUUAGAUAUUUGGUCAUAGUCAGAAUAGUACAUUUGUAGAAAGCAUUUGAUAAGUGUCUCAAAAAUAAGUGCUCAUUGCCUUUGAGCUAUUGAGGCUGUCUGCUAUAAUUAAAAUAAUUAGUAAAGUCUAGAAUCGAAAGGAACAUUUCGUAAAUGAAGUAUUUUGCACAUUAGAAUUGGCAUAAAUAAAUACGGUUAUGGUCUUAAUAGCGAUCAAUUUGAACCAAAUCUCUCUGGGAACAUUCAAAAUGUGUGAAUCUGCUCCUUCUUGUGAAAACAACAUAAAUAUAAGUAUCACAAUGUGAUAUGUGUUAGCUCAGUCUAUUCCAAUCUGUGGUUUCAAGAUUUCCUAUAUGUUUACAAAACUCAAGUUUAAAAUUUUUUUGGUUGAACCCAGGAUGAAGAACCAGUUAAAUAUGCUGCAUCUUUAUUAUUUUUGUCAAGAUUAUAGCAGUUAGGGUUGUUUAUUGUCAAAAAUGCUGGUGUAUUAAUGUCUUUAGAUGUUACAAAUGAUAACAUAGCUUGCCAUUAAUGAGAUCUGUAGGCUUUUAACAAUCACAGUGGACUGUUCAUUUUUGCAAAGGCAUUGAGAUAGUAUAAUCCUGCAUUUGAAAUCUUAGCUUUUUCCCAAUGGAUUAUUAAACUCAACAGUUAUACAGUGGGAUAUACAGGAAAUGUUGGGAGUGUGUAGCCCGUCAAUUAUUUGAGUGACCAGUCCAUCAUUUUCAAAAUAGGACUUUCUUUUUAGACAGAUGCCAUACCAGAAAUGUUGCAUGACACACAUUGAAAUCAAUAGACAGAGGUGUACAAUGAUUUAUGUUGUUUUAACAUCCCACAUACAAGAUAAUACUUUAGUUCUAUAUAUAUAAUAUAAAACAUCAGUUAGUUAAUGCACUAUGAUUUAAGAACAACAUUUUAAGCAGCAUGUUUAUAUUUAAUGUGCUGUUCUGUAGUAUAAAAAUGUCACAUGGUUAGAGUAAUUACUUUGAGUUAUCAGUGUAGUAAUUAUUUUGUUUUUGCAGCUCUGAUAGUUUCAUAUGUGAAGAGUUCUGUUUGCCUUGAUGGUAAACUGAUAACUAUUUUGCUUAUAGCUAAUGAAAACUUUUAUAUGGUGUAACGCAUCUGUUAAACGCCAUUUGUACUCCUUUCAGCUUUUAUAACUUGGAGUUGACAGACGUGCACUUUUAGCCAAUGCCAAAUGGACAUGAAUUGUUUCCUUUUGUUUGAUAUGUACAGUAAGUUUGUAAUUAUGUGGCCUAUGUACCAUUCAAACUUGCUGCAGUUUUUGUCAAGAUCACGGAUAUUAAUUGAAUAGUGUAGUUAAAACUGAAAUAAUGAAAUGCAGAGAUAUUGUAAAAAGGUACAUUUUUGGAAAUAAUUACAAUCCGGUUAGAGUGGACAAAUGGAAAUUAUUGUAGUUAUUUUGAAAAUAGUUGAGAUGUGGUCAGAGAUUAAUGCACAUUUUGUUGAUGCUUACACUUUGUUAGCUGGUUAUGGAAACUUGAAAGCCUAUAUCAUGCAUAUAUACGCAAAGUUCUAUUAAAAAUGUAAUGUAUUUUACAUGUAAGCUGGGACACUGUCUGGGUGACAUCCUGCUUUUCAAUACAAAGAUUCCUUGAAAGAAUAAGGUUUAGUUGUAAUGAACAUGGAAAAAAAGCACAUUUUAAAGAAUUUAAUUUCUUGAUUUAUUUCCUGUUUGUUCAUGAAUAUCAGUGUCGUGAAGUAUAACAGAUUUUACAAACUGAAAACGGGUAUGGAACAGACACUUCUUUAAUUUGGACUUUGCUAAUGGUUUUUCAUUUAUGAAUUAUAAAAAAAUUAAUUACAGCUGUGACUUUGUUCCCUUCUAUAAGUAAAAGUUGAACUAAUGUGGAAGGUUAUUCAACGUAUUCUGCUUUUAGCUUGCAGACACAUGAUGGUGGAUAUUUUGCUUAGUAUCUAUAAACUGAAUUGCCCUUUCUAUUAUUAGAUUUUAUAAAAUUUGAAUUUUGCUUUUGUAUAAUGGUACUCGGCAAUAAUGUGUAUAUAUCAAUGGUCGUGUGCAGAAGACUCCAGUGAAGAUCUCUGAUUGUUCUGCAGAAAUGUCAUCAUGGUUAAAUGUUUUGUGUGAAUCUUAUGAAUCAAGAAUAUGAUGUGCAUGAACUUUAUCCAUAUUGACUGCCAGUGGCAGAAUGGAAACUCGAAAAGAAGUCUAUAUGAAAAUGAAACUGUUAUAUAUUCUAAAUAACUGGUGAGAAUUCUAAAAUCUAAUUUUGGUUUCAGAUGACUACUAGAAACUACCUUUACUGAGUGGUUUGUCAUUUGACUGGCUCAAUUGGAUCACUCUCUUAAAGUUGCUCCUGGUUACUGGUAUUUUGUAUAGAAACAUCUGAUGCUUUCUGUACACACAAAAUGAUAUUGUUUACUAUGAAGUGCAUUUCUUUAUUGAUGUCACAUGA